UGUCUGCACUGUUGGAUCCUCACAACACCAAGAACAGCAUCAACCCAACAAUCCCUCCACCAAGCAAAACUUCAACAACACAUCGACGCCGGUUCAUAGUCCUAUCUUGAUCGGCCUCUCCCGAGACAUUCGAAACCACGACAAUGCAGCUCGCGGCUCUCUUCACCACCGCCCUCGCUCUGGCCGGCUCGGCGCUUGCGCAAGCCGAUCGCCGCUCCAACGGUCGCGCGAUUGUCGUCGUCGAGGCGUCUCACGGCGGCGCCGGUAACGGGCUGACCAACACGACCAUCGCGGUCCCGAUCGAACAGGUGUACACGAAUCCUGAGGCCCUGGACGAGGUGUCUACGCUCUACCUCAUCGACGCGGAAGGCGUGGCGGUAGAGAGCGUGGUCUGCACGCCCUACAGGGGCACUGAUGGUACCGGCGCGAGCGGGCUCCCGUUUACCAACACGAACCCCUCGUACCUCUCGACAAACACUGUUGUUGUGGGAAGCAUCGUCUGCGAGACCUACUGAGCCGAUCGCCAGCCACAGUCGGGGCCGUGCCAGGCCCCUAGGAGAGUGGCCUCGGGCCUAUGCAUCGCAUUUCGGCAAGGAUUAGAGGGCGACGGAACGCGGACAUCAUCAUGAUGGGAGACGGAUCGUCGGUAGGGGGAGGGAGGUGGUCGGCGUGGUGUGGUAGAUAGAAACGAGAGGUGUGUCUUCGUAGAGCAU